UCAAAGGCAUCAAGCGUAAUGCUUACCCAUCUAACUGCGGCUACCAAGAGUUACUCAGAAGGUUCGGUAUGUGGAUGGGUUAAUGUUCGGUCGUUGAGCGUACGAGCAAACCAUCCCACAGUGUCCCCCCAAAUUGUUUACACACUCGGCCCGAAACACGCCGUCACAUCAUCGGUAGCCAUGGUUUCGGCACAGAGUGUAGGAAGAAAGUAAAAAUAAACACCACGACUCUUCUGCCCACUGCCCGCCUGCUCUCUGCCAAGAAUCCAAACCCUGCUUGAUUAUUUGCAAACAAAUGCAGCCAGAGAACGGGUUUGCUGACAUGCGCCUAGGCGACUUUACACUGUGAGGUGAGAAUUACGUGAGCUUGCCCUCGCCCGCUUGUCAGUUGAACUUGACAUUGGCGACGCAUUUACAACGAUCGCGUAGUUGUGAUAGUUUGUACGCUAACGAAAAGGUUAGGUUUUUCCGAAAAUAAGAAGUGGAAAACUCCACAAGCGAGUGUGUGUGUGUGUGUGUGUGUGUGUGUGUGUGUGUGUGUGUGUGUGUGUGUGUGUGUGUGUGUGUGUGUGUGUGUGUGACAGUUCAAUCAACACGAUGUGCGCUAUGUACGAAAGUGAUCUCCAUUUCGAUGAUCUUCCUUUCGAGUUGGUUUGCGAAAUAUUUGACUAUCUGCCCCUGCGGGAUGUCAAAACGGCCUCGUCCGUGUGCCAGCGCUGGAAUGCCAUCAUCUUCUCCGAGGUGUACAUUCACCGGUUUCAGCUGCAGCUAAAUCUCGACUACUCCCUCCCCGUGCUGAAGCAGAUGGCCCAGCUGCUCGAGGCUAGUGACCGCGAGUACUACAGCGUAGUGCUGCGGGCCAACCUUGGCAGCCCGCUGACGGACGCACGGUUGCGAAUAGUGAAGCUGAUGGUACGUCUGUUGGCGUCUCGCUCCGAGUCGCUGUACUUUAACAUGGCUGACUUUAGAAUAGAGUCGUGCGUUUCCGAACGGUUGUUGAGGGGCCGCAAGCUACAGGUCAUCGACACCCGGGCCAAGUACAUACCGCUCGGGAUGGGCUUGAAGGAGUCGAUGCUGGCCGCAAUCUGCGAGUAUGCGGUCGAGCUGGUGGAUCUGGUUAUUGCCGAGAUGAACAUCAACAACCCGAAAGCGCUCGUACCGCUGUCCUCGCUCAAGCACCUGAAGCUGCUGCUGAUCAGUGACUACUACCCGUACGUGAAACCGCCGGAACCGCCAAUCAAUCUGCCGGGCCUCGAGAACCUGUCACUGAUCAAGGUGACAGACGAAUCGUGCCACUACUUUCGGGUGGACAACCUGAAGCGCUUCUUCAUCCACUCUACCGGCACGGAUGCACCGCGCACGAUGGACUUUAUUACGCAGAACAUAACGCAAGUGAGCCGGCUGUGUUUACACUUUACCGCACGCUCCAUUCAGGCCGAGAUGAUCUUUGGGUGGUUGGAUCGAUUCCCGAACCUGCUGGCAUUGGAGCUCGCAGGCGUGGCACUACCCGGAGAUGUUCUGAAGCAGCUCAGCCCGGCUAAUCGUUUGCAGAAGCUUAUCUUUGUGUCCUGUCAUUUGGAGACGCUGCAGCUGGACGGUUUACUGGAGAAGCUGGCCAAGCUGCGGUUGCUGUGCUUCGAUGGAUGCUCCCUGUUCCACAAGCAGUCGGGUUUCCAUCCCGUCCAUUACGACGACAUUGAGGGACUCCGGCAGCGACUACCACACUGUCGGAUCAUGCUGGACUACGAUUGAUGCAAGGCGGUGCAGGGGUACUCAUGAAUGCUACUCUCACUCCUCCCCAUCCACCGUUUGUCCGAUGCUUUCGAGUAGAAUAAACACAUCAUCCGUCAAAAGUUCGUUCGGUAUGUCCCGAGUUCUUGAAGCACUCGGCGUCAGCAGCAUGAUGAGCGUUGAAUGCUGUAAGAGUCCCAUCACAAGCGUUAGAAAAGACGCACGAUAAAACCGGUGCAGCAGCAGCAACAGCAUUCUUGCACACACAUAAAGGGAGUAAUCUCUUGGAACAGUUCUUUGUUGCAGAAGGUACGAUACAGUGCACGGAUCUCGCCGUAAUCGUGUUACGGAAUUUAUAAUGCAAGGUUCUCGCAGCUCGUUGCAGCCGCCUGCACCGACACACUGUUGCCACUGCGAAUCUAAACCACAUUCAUCCGACCGAGGAAACACUAAAGUGGACCACAAAGAGAUGUCACCUUCGUGUCGUGUAUCGCUCGGGCUUUUUUCUCGUUCUGUUUUCGCACUUGACGGCAGCAUAAAAGCUGUACCAUCCUCGGGAUGAUGGUCUCGGGUCUUUAUGGAUCGCUCCUUUCCCUUGCCGUUCUACGUUUGAGAUGUACUUUUUCUGUGAUCCUUGUAUUUCCACACUCUUCACCCUCUCCAUUUCCUUUCCCGCACUGUAUUAAGCUCGGGAUGAAUCUUUGCAUGCGUUUCGAGCGCUACUGGCAGACAUGGAACACACGGAACACAGCGAACAUAACACUUUCCAUGGCAAUCAGUGUGGUGAUAAGAGCGUCGCUACGAGAGGAGGUUUGCCGCUCUGGACGGAGGUAUGCUCUUGUUGCCGUGCCGCACGGUGCAAGGUUGAUUGUGCCGUUUGCUUUCUUCGUUUGGUACCGAGAUGAUGCAUCUCUUCGAAAUUUCCGUCUGCUGCAGCUGCUGUUGGGUUUUAUCUUGCCGCUCAAUUUGCACCCACCAGAUGACAAUGAUGCCGAAUGACGGAGGGUGUCAAUUUUUAGGCGAAAUCGUUUCUUUGUAUGGCAAAUGUAUCUCUUUUAGUGUGCGAGUAAAAGGCAUGAAAUAGAGAUGGAUAUAACAUAAAA